CGUCAACACCGACAUUUCUGGCCAUAGACCCUAGGAAUUUUCUCUACAUAUUCCUGCUUCUGUACAGUAGACACUCGUCUCCUCUUCUACUGCGCAGGCUUCGCCGCUGCAGUCGACAUCAUGGCCAGCGAAGUCCAAUUCGACGCAGCUCUUGACCUCCUCCGCCGCCUCUCCCCGUUGAGCGUAACAGACAACCUCAACGCCAUCACCACGCUGGUCCCCGAUCUGACCGAAGACCUCCUCUCCUCGGUCGACCAGCCACUCACAUCGGCACGCUGCAAAAAGACAGGCAGGGACUACCUUUUGUGCGACUACAACCGGGACGGCGACUCGUACCGGUCCCCGUGGAGCAAUGAAUUCGAACCCCCGCUCGACGACGCAACGUACCCGUCCGACCGCGUGCGCAAGAUGGAAGUCGAGGCGAACGCGGCGUUCGACGUCUACCGGCAGAUGUACUACGAAGGCGGCACGGGCAGCGUGUACCUCUGGGACCUGGACGACGGGUUCGCCGGCGUGGUGCUGCUCAAGAAAAAAUCAGCCGCGGGCAAGGACGAGGAGGCCGCCGGCUGGGACAGCAUCCACGUGUUCGAGGUCGACGAGCGCCGCGGCAGUGGCCGCACGUGCCACUACAAGCUGACCAGCACGGUGAUACUGCAUCUGGGCCGGCAGAGCGAAGGGGUAGGAUCGUUGAAUCUCGCCGGCAGCAUGACGAGGCAGGUCGAGGCCGAUCUUGUGGUGGAGAAUGUCGGGGGCCAGGGCAAAGACGGCGGCCACGUGUGUAAUGCGGGCAGGCUGAUCGAAGACAUGGAGGGCAAGAUGAGGAAUAUGUUGCAGGAGGUGUACUUUGGCAAGGCCAAGGAUGUGGUGGGCGAUCUGCGGAGCGUGGCGCUCUUGACGGGUGUGAACAGGGACAGGCAGGCGCAGAGGGACGUCAUUUCGAGUAUGGGCGGAAAAUGAUUUUCCAAGUUUGAAGUGCAAAGCUUCUCAUGCAUAAGGUAUGCAUAUGGAUAAACAUACCGAAUGUUGUGCCGAUGGCGGGGAAGACGUCCCGGGCUGGACAUCACUGGCUUCAGUUUCCAUCUACGAACCUGGACACGGCUGUUGGGUUGUUCAUUCACGAGGCGGAGGUAUCCGAAUGAACGGUCUACAGUAUGGAGUCGUGCUCGUGGAAAUGACAGGCUCGGAUAUGUCAGACUGGCUGGGACACUGGUCUUCAAGACCUGGGGAAUGCUCAUGUUCAUAUGAUAGGGCCAAUAGACGAGCGGACUUGGUCCACGGUUGCUUGCUACGGAUGUUCAAAUCUGUAGAGCAACAAAGAACAUUCUCUGUGGGCUACAUAGCCUAAAGUGCUCCAGGCGUUCCUGUACUGUCCUCGGUUAUAUAUACACGUACUACUGUCUCGUGGAUAAAGCGUGUAAUUUGGCGCUAG